AUGGCUGACACCAAGGCUACUACCGCUAACGGCAGCGAGGCUGCUCCUGCUGGUGCUCGCGUCGGUGCUUGGACCGAUGCUGCGCGCUUCCAGCUUGUCCUUCGCGUGCUUGCGACUGUGCUCCCCGAGGGCAAGGGCGUCGAGUGGAAGAACGUGAGCAUGGAGGGCCGCACUACGAAGGCCCUGCAGGGCCAGUGGACUGCUAUCGUCGCUCAGAUGCGUGAGCUCAACACCGGCGAGAACGGAGAGGCUCCUGCCCCGAAGCCCAAGACUCCUCGCAAGACUGCCGCCAAGAAGAAGGCCGUCGCUGCUGCUGAGGAUGAUGAGGAGGCCAACGGCGACCAGGAGGGCAGCGAGGAGACCAAGGCGGUCGCUCCCAAGAAGCGCGCUGCUUCCACCACCGCUGACGGAACUCCCAAAAAGCGUCGCACCCCGGCUAAGAAGGCGGCCCAGGUCAAGGCCGAGGAGGCUGAGGCUAAGGUUGAAGCUGAUGAUGAGGCCCAGGCUGAGACCAAGGAUGAGAAGGAUGGCGAGCAGUAGGUUACCUUAUACUUACUACCAUCGCUAAAUGGCCGUCUCAUUCGACAUGGCUGCGGUUGGCUUUCAUUGGGUUCCGCGCGAGGAAUGGAUAUUGCUCUGAAAUGGCUUGGAAGGGGAGACACACAAUGUGACCCAGUGCUCUUGCAUUCACAUACGUCUCUUAGGUAGUUCAGGCCAACAGAAAUCAAAAGGGAUACUUUUUACUCUCAUAUCUUGGCUCUCUUGCUGUCCCCAUCGUCUUAAGGCCUCACGCUCCUUCGGUG